UGAUAAUCCAAAAACAAUGUGACAAUGUUACGAAUAAAGAGUGAAUGAACGUUGCGAUGGACUCCGAACUGGACAUCCAGAACUUCUUCAACUGCACCCAGCAGAUCCUGGGCCAGGAGAAGUGGUCACACCUGAACGUCACGCAGCUGUUAGACCUGCUGCCGAACCAGCUCGUCGAGGAUAUUGAACUCAAAGUAACUCUUGGCAACUGCAUGGGGCUGGGGGUGAGACCAUACAGCCCCCCCUGGUGGGGGCAACUGGCCUGGUUCAUAGUUUUCGCUCUGAUGCUGCUACUGGCCAUCUUGGGGAACACACUGGUCAUAUGGAUCGUACUGGCUCACCGAAGGAUGAGGACGGUGACCAACUGUUUCCUGGUCAACCUGGCGGUGGCCGACCUCCUCAUGGCCACGCUAAAUGGAGCCCCCAACUUUGUAUUCCUGGUGACUGCUCACUGGCCUUUCGGGGCUGCCACGUGUACCGCCAGCAACUUUACUGCGAACCUAACAGUGUCCGCUGGUGUUUUCACCUUGGUGGCUAUAACCGUUGACAGGUACGUGGCGAUAGUGAAGCCGCUACAGCACCGGCUGAGCAGACGCGUGGCCCGUGCAGCGCUGUUCACAGUCUGGUGCGCCAGCGCACUACUCGCGUUACCCAGCUUGCUGUACUCAGACACGUACAAAAAACAGUACAUCAACGGGGAACGAGAAAUAUGCUUCAUCAAGUGGCCUGACGGAAGCUAUCCUACAUCAAGAGCUGACUACAUCUACAAUCUCGUGUUCCUGGCGGUGACGUACGUGGCCCCGAUGGCGGUGAUGGUGUGGGCUUACGCGCGGAUGAGCGCGGCGCUGCGCGGAAGGGCCAUUGGGGAGUGCACACACCAUCAAAUGCAGGUCGUCCGGGCUAAAAGAAAGGUAGUGCGAAUGUUCGUGCUCGUCGUUAUGGUGUUCGCGCUGUGCUGGCUACCUUACCACGCUUACUUCGUGCUGGUCUACCACCACCAGAGUCUAGCAUCAGCGCCGUUCGCCCAGCACAUAUACCUGGGCUUCUAUUGGCUAGCCAUGGCCAAUUCUAUGUUCAACCCACUCAUUUACUAUUGGAUGAGUAAUAAAUUUCGUAUCUACUUCCGGGUGGUAUUAUGUUUCUGUUGGGCAACAAAGUCGGCGACACCGAACGACUUGAAGAAAUUAGAAAUGAACAAAUCAUUUUCAGAUCAUUCGAAUGCCACGGAGCUGUUCACGAAUGGUAAUGCAGUGAGGAUGAACCCCAAAGGGGACAGGGACGACAGACACUACCACGUGUGUGAUGACCAGCUAUAAUGGUACAUUCAGUGAUAAGUGUUGAAGUGAAUAAGAUAUGAAGUGCUGUGAAUAAGUUAUGGAGUUUGAAGUCUCUAAAAUAGUUCAGUCGUAAGUGUAAAGUUUCAUUUUUAAAACUCAAUAGUUUUUAGGGCUCCGUACUAGUUUUGUAUAAUGUCAAAUAAUUCGAACUGGAAAACUAUAGCAACAUUAUUAAAGAUAUUUUCAGACUUUUACUUUUACUGAACCUAUUUACUUUUAUAUUCAACAGUAGUGACGAUAAUGACAAUGUACGGAAGCCCUGCAUGCUAGAUAAAACUCGUAUUUGGCCGUUUUUUAUACGAUAUGCUCAAUAAAAUAGGGCUAAUCUAUUAUAAGUUAUAAAAUAACGAGUUAGGUACUACAUUAAUAUUACGCGUAUUUGUAUGAUGUGAUAAUAACAUAAAUUUUAUUCCAUCUUCUAUUUGUAAGAGUAUUGUAAAGGAAUCCGUAUCAACUUUUCAAUUUGUUUUCUAGUCAUCAUGCUUUUGUAUGAUUGCUUCUACUUAAUAAGUUGUAGUUUUCACUUUAAUAAAAUUCAUAAGAUAUUAAAUUUGAUAUUCUUAUCUUUAUAAUUCUAAUCAUUAUUAUUAAAAUGAAUCCCAACUAACGACUUGAAAUUGUAUAAAUAUUUAGACAUUUAUACUAAAUGUUGGUUUAUUUUUUUAUAAACGCAGGACGUCCCAGGCAUUUAACUUAUAAUUUUCUUCGUUAUUUUGUGUAUUUUGAUUGAUAUUACCCAUAGCUUAUCCGUUAAGCUAGCACCCAUAACACAAGCAUUAAGUUGCUUACUUUGGGGCUAGCUGGCGCUGUGUGAAAUUGUCCAAAGAUUUAUUUAUUUAUUAUUUAUUUAUUAUAUUAAGGAGAUUUUUUAUUUUCACGACACUAAAGUCAAAAAACAACUAUCGAUGUUCUCAUAUUUUUUACAAAUUAAAUUCUUAUGUAAGCAUAUGAUCAUGGUGUUCAUGGCAAAUAAAAAACAAGAUAUUACUUACUGUUUCCAUAAAAACAAUAGUACAGAUAUUAUAGAACAAUCACUAGUACGAGCAUAAUGUUCAAGACGGUAACAAAGAUAUUUUGGACUGGUUGUUAAAAUAGGUAUUUAGAAACAUGGAUAUUUGUAAAUAAUUUAAGUUUUAACUCAUCAAAAUAAUUAUGAAUGUAAUAGAAAUGAAAUGUUAUUUUCGUACGAAUGAAUUAAAAUGAGAAACAAUAAUAUUUUAAUGUUAUUUAAAAU